AAGGCGAGCCCAAAGCCGUCACCAUCGACUGGGACGAGCUGCACGGAUACCGCAACAAGAUGGGCUACCAGAAGGGCAAGCUGCUGGUGGAGGAGGCGGGUUUCUACUACAUCUACGCCAAAACCUGCUUCCGCUACUACAACCUUGAGCUGGAGGACGGCAGCCAGGUGGACGUCAGCAACCGGCAGCUCAUCCAGUACGUGUACCACGAGAAGAUCAAACAGAACAGCAAGUCAGCGCUUCUGAUGAAGACGGGCAGCACCAUGCGCUGGAACAUCACCAGCUAUAACAUGUACUGCGCCCAGCAAGGAAGAGGGGUUCGUCUGGAGGAUGGGGACGCUUUGUACGUGACCGUGUCCAACGCCUGGGUGCUGGACCCCGAGGGAGAAGGGACGUAUUUCGGAGCGAUAAAGUUAGGUAAUUGAGAGUUAAAAGACGAGAGGAGCGGACAUGCUACUGAACAUUUGCCAAAGAACCACUGUUAGUGAUUUAUAAGUGUUGAUAAAAAGUGUCUUGUUGUUUUUGUACUUCACCAAAUAGCCUUGGAGCACUCGAUGAGAAAAGACAUGGAAAUGGUUCAGUCCCCGACACACAGCUCUUAAAUUCAUCUAAAAUAGCACUGGACUCUUUUUUUUAAAUUAAGUAUUGUGACAUUUCAAUACAUUUCAGCUCAGAUUACGACUUAAGCACUGAUGUGUUUAUGGACUAACUAAACAAACCACAAGGGAGAAACUUGGGAAGUCGGUUUGCUGGCGAGACGCAAAGUGAGGAAGGAUUUAUCAAUGUUGGAGAAAAUGUCCGGUAGAAACACGGAGCAUCUGCUUGUACUUAGCGGAUUAGAACAGAAUAAAAACAACAGGUUUGCACACGGCACUGAUCAUAAACGUCUUCCUCAAGAGUUCUGUACGUGUGAACGAGGAAGUAGUUAGUCUCUGAUCGGAGUAACUAUCACAACAGGGGAUAUAUCCAGAGGUGGAAAAAGUAUUCAGAGUCUUUACUGGGGUACUAAUACCACUCAAAAGUACUGCAUCAACAAUACUACUCUAAAAAUACUCAAUAUGAGGCAAAAGUACGGCAUUGACAAUGGUACUCAAGCAAAAGUAUUUAAUACUACUCUAAAAAUACUCAAUUUGAAUUAAAGUACUGCAUUGACAAUAGUACUCAAGCAAAAGUAUUUAAUACUACUCUAAAAAUACUCAAUUUGAAGUAAAAGUACUGCAUUGACUGGUACUCAAGCAAAAGUAUUUAAUACUACUCUAAAAAUACUCAAUUUGAAUUAAAGUACUGCAUCGACAAUGGUACUCAAGCAAAAGUAUUUAAGUAUGAUAAGGAAGAUGUGCUUAAAGUACUUGUUGCAGAAAAAACUCAUUAAAUAUUUAAGAACUUUAAAGCAGAAGCAGUAAAUCUUCACAGUUAAGAAGCUGCCGAUUCAUUUUGUGUUAACCCACUCGUGCUAGUUACCUAAAAGUAAUGUUGGAUGGUUUAAUACCAAAACAUCUUAUUUUAAGAGCUUUUCCAAAUUAUUGUGUGUCAAAAUCUACAAGUAAAAAGUACAAUAUUGGCUUCCAAAAUGUAGUAUAUUAGAAGAAUAGGUAAAGUACAAGUACCUCAGAUGUGUACUUAAGAACAGUACUUGAGUGAAAGUACUUAGUUACUUUCCACCACUGGUUAUAUCACCCUGAGACCACCUUUCAUAGUUUAAUCAUCUAUAGGACAUUCACUGUUUUUUAGGAACAGAUUUGUUUUGCUCCAAAAACUGAUUUUCUCUCCACUUCUCAGUCUAAAGAGUGGCCUGCUUGAUUGAAGGCAAUUACACGACAAUGUCAUUUUGAACUAAGGAGGAAACGACAUGUGUUUGUUAUGUUAAUGACGAUUGAAAAAAGAAAAAGGGAUGCAGAUAGCUGGCCUGUCUGACCAUCAAUGACAUGAAUAGACUGUUGUCUUCUUAAACUAGAGGAGCCAAAUUGACUUUGGUUCAUCUUUUAACUUAAAUUUUGUUUUUCAUUUGGCUCUUCACCGAGGUAAAUGGGAAUAUGCACUAAAUAUUUAUUUAUUAGCUAUAGAAGUACAGAGACGGGUCAUUGUUAAAAUGACCUCUCGUCUGUGUGACAUCCAUUACGCAGCACUUAGAGGAAAUAGUAGACACGCUUUUUGUUAUUAAAACACAGGGGCUUCAUUUUAAAUUCCAUAUUUAUGUAUCUUGAUUUUUUUUUUGACAAUUCUGUGUGCACUUGCCUAGCCAAAAGCAAUAUGGACAUCAUGUUUCUUCUACAAGAUUGUAGCAUACCUGUAAAAUCUUCAUCUGAUUUCCAUUCAAUGUUUUUUUUUUAUUUAUGUAAUGUAUGUUUUAAUAAAAAAAAGUACUU